AUGUGGAUGACGGUGCCCAUUGCAGUAUUGCACCUCCUUUGUGCAGGAAAUGGCUUGCUUUUCCCUGACAGGGAAUGGGCAGUGCUGACACAGAUUUGGGCCGUCCUUUGUCUCGACAUCUAUGUCGGGGGAGAAACUUUGGCCUUCAUUACUUUCGGUGACACGGAGAAGAAUGCUAAAAUUGCCUGCGGCGCCGUGACACAGACGACGGUGAUCUCGUAUGCUUGUUCUUCCACUGUUGGGGGAGUGCUUUUCGAUUUCGGCGGAUGGCGAGGUCUGUCGAUCUAUCAUGUCGCCAUGCAGGGGGUUCAGAUUCUGCUCCUUGUGAGUUGCCUCAGAGACGAUUUGCGCCAGCUUUGCUUCGGCAAGAGGCCUGAGGAGGUUGCUUCCGAAGUCGUCGAUGCUGUGGCAGACACAAAGGAUACCACCACGACAUUGGCCCCGCCGAGCGUCCGCCCGCGCGCAGACACGGCGGAAAGCUCGAACAGUGCCAGCAGCAAUGGCUCUGAACGUCCCGCUCCGGUCGCCCGAGGACGGAGGGGCAGUCUUCAAAGCCGCAUGAGCCUGGCGAGCAUGGCCAGUCGUCCAGGCGAUCGCGGGGCUCCGGGACAAGGUGCACGACAGCUCAAGACCACGUUCAGCGGUCGAAGGGCUUCGGUGGCAUCAAUGGCUACACUAGUCGAUGACUUAGCACUUGUCGCCGAGAUGACACCAGAGAUAGAAGCCCACGGCGUCGACCCCCAAGGCGAGCAGACCAAGGGUCGAACACCACUGCCGAAGGACCUGUAUCUUCCUGCUGCUCUUCUGGGCAUCUUGAGCCUGGCCAACUUUUUCACAUAUCAGGUGGAGUGGUGCACCUACGCGCUUUACUUCAAAGACGUGCAUGGAUGGACCCAGGCGACCUGGUCAGGCUUGGCACAGACAGCCGGAGAUGUCCUCGCGGCAGUGGUCAUGAAGAUUCAGAACUGCUGCAGUCGGAAAAGCAUCGAUGAUGCAGAUCAGUACGCCAAAGGCGGAUCUUCCUGGCUGCUAGCUUCCGUGCUGGGGAAGCCGUAUAUGCUCUCAGUCGGGUGCCUGGCGUAUUCGGCAGUUUGCUUUGGUAUGACAUCGUCGUCGCUGGUCGUUGCGAUGACGUCGCAGGUGCUCAUGGGCUCCGUUUUCGUCAUGGUCUUCCAAGGGAUCACGACCAUGAAUACAUUCUACUCGCUCGGAGAUUCCAGCAUCUUUUUGCAGCUCCAGGUGAUGAAACAGAACGCCGAGUCUGUGGGCAGCGCGCUGGCCGGACUUCUUUCGCUGAUUCUCUACCAGCAGUUGGGGCCCACGGCGCCCUUCUGGCUCACCGGGUGCUUUUUCGUGGGUGUCUUUUUCAUCUACACCGCUGGAUUCUGCAGCAGGCAGCCUGGCAAAAGGCUUUUCGAGGGCAGUGGCUAUCUUGCAGGCCUAGAGGCAAAACGCACUCCAAGCUCACUUGACCCCUCAGGCUCUAGCUGA